CGCCUGUGUCUCCCCUCCAUUAUUCAAUUGUUUCUAUCUCCAUAGAACCAAAUAUCUAUAAAGUUUUUACCAGCUCAAAAAACGCCCAGCCACCUACCUCCGCCCAUCUCCUCAAAGACCACAUAGCUUCAUUGCAAAAGAAAAAAAAAAUAAUACAACAAACCCUUUCACACUUUCUUUCCCGUCCAUAUUUCAAAAAAGGGGGGAGUUGAAGCUUCGCGUACAAAUCACCACACACAAGAACGCCCAAACACAACAAUAAAGAAAGAGAUAUAUACACCUCUCAAAUCUAGAACAAGCAGCACGACUUGAACUCAGGGACUCAUAGAGAUGGCGGCGGGACAGACGACGAGUGGUGCGGGCCGCUGGUUGAGGGGGUUGGUGGAUAUGGGGAGCAACGGCAUCCGCUUCAGCAUCACAGACCUCUCGCCCCAAACGCAGCGCAUACUACCAACAGUCUACUUAGACCGAGCAGGAAUAUCACUCUACGACGCGCAGCGAGCAGACGGCCGGAUCCCCUCCACGACAACACAACAAGUCGUCAAGGCGCUCCUACGCUUCAAGUCGACGUGCCGCGACUUCGGCGUGCCGGACGCGAACGUGCGGAUCGUGGCGACGGAGGCGACGCGCAAGGCUGCGAAUUCUGAAGAGUACAGGGCAGAGAUCAGAAGGGCUACUGGGUGGGAGGUAGAGUUGUUGGCGAAGGAGGUGGAGGGUAGGGUGGGCGCGUACGGCGUUGCGAGUUCGUAUGGGGAGGUGAGGGGGUUGAUGAUGGAUCUUGGUGGGGGGAGCACGCAGAUUACGUGGUUGUGGACGGGGGACGGGGAGGUGAGGAUGAGUGAGGCGGGGAGCGUGAGUUUGCCUUAUGGCGCUGCGGCGUUGACGCAGAGGAUUGGUGAGGUAGGUGGGAAGGGGAGAGGAUACGAGGUGUUUGGGGAGGAGGUUGUGAGGGAUUUGAAGGAGGCGGUGGGGAGAAUCGGGAUCCCCAGAGAGCUGCUUGACAGACCUGGGGGGUUGCCGUUGUAUCUUUCUGGGGGUGGGUUCAGGGGAUGGGGUUUCGUGCUCAUGUCGGAGCACAGCAUUCGACCGUAUCCGAUACCGAUCAUCAACGGGAUGAAAGUCAGGACGGAGGAGUUUCAGAACACGCAGGACGUUCGAAUGGCGGUGCAAAAAGAGGAAACGCCAGAGAUCUUUCGGGUCUCCCAGCGGCGGGCCAGCCAGGUCCCCGCCGUGGCGUUUCUGAUCGACUGCCUGGCGCAGGCCCUGCCCAGCAUCACGGACGUCUACUUCUGCCAGGGCGGGGUGAGGGAAGGACUAUUGUUUGCGGAGUUUGACCCCCGCGUGCGAGCGGAAGAUCCGCUAGUUACUGCUACACGGCCUCACGCUAGGGAAUCGACACAGGAGCUAGUGGACCUUCUUUCCACGGCACUGAAGGGACCUCCUUCGAGUAUUGUCAGGUCGGGCAGCAAAACAAGCUCAACAAGCCUUUUCGACGUUGCACUGCUCACGGCGUUCGUGCAGGCAAUGUACGUCCACUCUGCGUAUCCUAAGGAUCUGUGUGCGGGAGGGGCACUGAGGAGCACGACAACGGGCGUCUUCUCUGCGGCCCAUGGCAUCAGUCAUGAGCAACGGGCCAUCCUGGCGGUGCUGCUGUGCGAGCGUUACGGUGGCUUUGGAUCGAUAUCGCCCACGGAGCAGGAUUUCUAUCGAAGAAUGGUGCAAUUGCUUCCAGCAGGACUGCCUUGGUGGUGCAUGUAUCUAGGUAGGGUUGCAGCUGUGUUGGGCAACGUGUAUCCCGCCGGGUUGGUCAGAGAGCAGAGAUUGGCCAUCAAGGUGUCAUGGUAUGCCAAAAAGGAGCAUGAUGUGCUUUGCAUUGAUUUCACGUUCUCAAAGCCUGUGGAUGAAUUGGACGAGGGAUUGCAUGGCGCGUUGAGUAAAGUGGAGAAGGCGGGCAAGAAGAAGAACUGGGUCGGCGGUGGUGGACACAAGGUGGUUGUGACAGUGAAUGGUACGGACUAUUCCAGCUGAGCCCGAAUGAACAAAGGUCAUGCGGCUGGCGGUGAAUUGAAUUACUGGGACACAAUUAUUUUGGUUGAGCAUUGACGACAUUAUGACUCCUUGAGAAGCAUCUGGAUCGCGUGAUUCCCAGUCGGGGUGGCGAGCAUCGUGAACGUCCAUCAUGGGGACAGCUCGGAAUGGCUGAGGAAGCACAACCACAGCACAACGGGACUUGGGCGGGGACGUAAUGACUCCGCUAUUCAUCUCUUAGGAAUCCGCGGCUGCAGUAUUCUUCGAAAAGGCGGUGAUUAAUUAAUAGUUGCAGAGAUAUUAGGUUAGUGCACCAAUGGGUAUGGAUUUGAGUUUUUUGGUGGAUAUGGAUGGAUAAUGAAUAGAGGAUUGCCACUGGUGUGCGAGGGGCGGUCCGAUCGGAGGUGGAUGAGGGUCGGUU